AUGAGAUGCACUUAACAUCCAUUAAAUCAAAUAUCCUAGAUAUGUAUUGCUCCUCAUAAAUGUAAAAGGAAAGUUUGUGUCUAAUGCACGCUUGUAAACGAAGGAGAGUUACACCAAAUAAUGAAUUUAGAUGAAUUUCGAGGAUUGCUGCUCUAGAAAUUACUCAAAGAUAAAUAUCACCAGAAUUCUGAAUUAAUAGUAGGGUAAUAGGAUUUGAAGAUUUUACUUACUUAAACUGAAAAUAUGCUCAAAAAAAUUUGGGAAUAAUUGAAGGAAUCAUUUAAUUCAAUAUACAAUUUGAUUGAAAGAUAAACUAAUUACUAUUUGACUAAAGUAAAAGAGAAUAUCAAUCUAGCAGCGAUGUCAGAAACUGAUUUAGACAAAUUAGUGAAAAUAUACAAAGGGAAUGAAGAAAAAAAUUCAUAUUUGACGAAGUUAGAAAUGAUAAAGAAAUGGUGGGGGAAUGAAAUUAGGACUUUUAACGAAAAGUUGAAAAAAGAAUUAUAAGAUAGAUUUCAGACGCCAAGUCUUCAAUUGGAAAUAUGGCAGGAAGCAUCAUAUUAAAGGAAAGAAAAUUUAUGUUAGAUUUUGGUUUCCGUAAUGGGAAUUGAUGAAUAAAUAUAUGUUAUGAUAAUUGGAAUGUUAAAAAAGUAGAAAAUUACUAAUUCGCUAACCUUUCUUUCAGAUAGUUGCAAUAACACAAAUUAAGAAUAAUAAAAAAUAAAAUUUAUUACUAAUGUUCUGAACAAUAUUUAGGAACUAGAUUUUAAUAAAAAACAUUAUUCUAUCAAGGAAUACAUUGAUAUAAGGGAUGAAAUAAUAUUUAACGUAUCAAAUGAAGUAAAGAUUAUUAAUUUUUUUAAAUUUUUGGUUCACCUUACAGCUAUAGAUAACUAAUUCAUCAAAUGUGGGUCUAAUUCCCUCCAUUUAUUAGUUGAGAUGAAGGUUGACUUAAGAGAACAAAACUUUGAGAAUAUCAAGAUAAAUGAUACAUCAUUGAUUGGAGCAAACUUUGCAAAAUGCAAUUUAAGUGGGUCUUAAUUUAAUAAUGUUGAUAUUAGUGGAAUGAUUAUCAAUGGAGCAUAUUUGUUUAAUUGUAAAUGGAAUAAUUUGACAAUACAGGAAUUCUAGAAUAAAAAUGAGAAUACUAGUUUUAUCUAUUCAUUAAGUUUCUCUCCUGAUGGUGCUACAUUAGCAUCCGGUAGUUAAGAUAAAUUUAUCUGUUUAUGGGAUGUUAAAACAGGAUAACAAAAAGCAAAAUUAGAUGGUCAUACUAGCUAUGUUAAUUCAGUUAGAAUUUCUCAUAACGGCUCGACGUUAGCAUCAGGUAGUGAUGAUAAAUCAAUCUGUUUAUGGGAUUUUUAGACAGAAAAAUAAAUAGCAUAAUUAUUUGGUCAUAGUUAUGGUGUGACUACCGUAUGCUACUCACCUGAUGAUAAUCAAUUAGCAUCCGGUAGUGUUGAUAACUCUAUUCGCUUCUGGGAUACUAGGACAGGAGAACAAUAAGCAUAAUUAGAUGGCCACAUUGGUUAUGUCUAUUCAGUAGAUUUCUCUCCUGAUGGUACUACAUUAGCAUCUUGCAGUUAUGAUAACUCUAUUCGCUUAUGGGAUUUGAAGACAAGGCGAUAAUAGACAAUAUUGGAUGUGCAUGGUGCUAGAUUAAAUUCAGUUUGCUUUUCACCUGAUGGUUCAACAUUAGCAUCAGGCAGUGAUGAUAACUCUAUUCGUUUAUGGGACUUUAAGACAGGACAAUUAAAAGCAAAAUUAGAUAGUCAUACCUAUGGUGUAACUACAGCAUGCUACUCCUCUGAUGGAACUACUUUAGCAUCUAGUAGUUAUGACAAUACUAUCAGUUUAUGGGAUGUUAAAACUAGAAAACUAAAAGUAAUAUUAGAUGCUCAUACAUAAAGUGUCAAUUCAGUAUGCUUCUCACCUGAUGGCAGUACAUUAGCAUCGGGUAGUUGUGAUAGUUCUAUUCGGUUAUGGAAUGUUAAUGGAUAAAAUUGUAACCAAGUUAGAUCAGUAUGUUACUCACUUGAUGGAAAAACAGUAAAAAUGAGUGGUGUUGAUAACUCCAUUUCUUUGUGGGAUUCUUUGACAGGAAGAUUAAUUGAUCCAUCAGAAAAAAGUUAUACAGAUAUUAUUGCUUUGUUUCAGAAUGAAACCUAAAAUAAUCAAUUUUCAUAAGGUUUUAUUUAUUUUAUUUUUUCAGUUAGUCCUUUUUAUACGACGUAACUUAUAGCUCAAUUAUUACACUUGGAAGCAACUAGCGCUCUAAUCUUUAAGGGAGAAUUUACAGAUCAUUAAGGGAAUGAUUUACGAAAUUUAUUUUUAGAACGAGGAGGAAAGUUUUUAGAGAGCCAAAUUAAAUUUUAAUCGGAAUAUUGAAUAUUCACAAUUCAUCACAUCUUAAC